AUGAAAUUAAACCUUGUCACUGCUACUUUAAUUUUAGCUGCUGUCUCACAAGCAGCUAUUAUGCCAGAAAAUGUUGGUGUGAAAUCAUUAACCACCAGAGAAUAUGAAAUGGUUAACAAUGCUAUUGCAAAUUUAAACUCAUAUAAUAAAAAAAGAUCAGUAAUGUCACCUAAUGAAUUAACAAAAAGAGAAAGUCAAAUAGUUACAGAUAUUUUAACAAUUGUUAAAGACACUAAUUUAGCACCAACUGUUAUUGAAUAUUUUAUCAGUGACCCAACUUUAUCACAAAUUGCACAAAAUGUUAUUGUUACUGCCAUUAAAGAUGGUUGGAUCAAUCUUUCAACUUUAUUAAAAUCUUUAAAUGAUUCUGGAUUAGCAGUUGAUGUUAUUAAAAAUUUAAUAAGUGAUUGUGCUUUCUAUGCUCAAAUUUUUAAACUUGUUGCUCAACAAUUAGCAAAUUUACCACAACUUAUUGGUAACAUUUUAGGUUUGAAUUCUCAACAAGUUGCUCAAAGUGUUGAAAAAGCUAAAAGAGAUGCUUUAGCUGCUGUUGAAUUAGCUAAUGCUGAACAACCACUGACCUUAGUUACAAGAGAUACUCAAGAAAUUUUAACUUCAUUGAUGGAAUCAUUAAAAAAUUCAGGAUUAGCUAAUCAAGUUGUUGAAGCUUUAGUUGUUGAUGAUGAUUUUUAUACUUUUGGUGCUUCAUUAAUAAAACAAUUAUUUGAAAGUGGUGCAAUUACUUUAGGAGAAUUAUUAGAUGCUUUAAUUCAAUCUGGUUUAAUUCCAAGUAUUAUUGAAGCAUUUUUAAACAUUGAUACUUUAAAAACAGUCAUUGUUACUGCUUUAGCUGCUGCUUUUGGAAACUGUAAAGAUACAUCAAGUUCUUCAACUUUUGCAACUACUCCAACUGGUUCAGCUGCUCCAACUAUUACUACUGGUACCCCAGAUCCAUCAAUUACUUCACUUUUAACACUUACUUCUGCAACUACUACUGGUGGUCCAUCAAAAUGUAAAAAGAAAAGAAGAUCAUACUAA